GGGACUACAACCCCCAUGAUUCCUCGCGCUGCGACGGGCAGCAAGAUGGCGUCGGACGGCGGCCCGGCGGCGGGCGGCCCUCCGGCCCCGCGCCCGGUCUCGUUCGGGUUCACGCGCACGACUGCGCGCAGGCGGCUCGUGGGCGAGGGCGGGGCUGGGGCCGCCCCGGAGCCCGACUUCAUCAGCGCCGUGGAGGGGAGCGAGCUGCGCAGCCUCCAGCCGGCCCCGCCCCCUAAGGCGCUCGUCAUUCCUCUGAUCCAGCGCAACCAAUGGAAGAAGCCAGAGAUGCCCCCUGCGGGGACCCCAGACCAGCAAGCGGAUGACGGUGUGGAGUCCCAGGCUGUGAGGGAAAUCAUAGAGGAGUGCCGGCAGUCCCAGGAGCGGUGGGAGAGUGGUUCCAAGGCAGACCUGAACCUGGCCAUCCCCUUGCUUCUGCAGAACCGCGUCCCUGACGGGUACGAGGACAGCGACCGGGUGGAUGUGAGCCUGCGGCCGGAAUCGUCGACGGAGGCAGAUUACGAAGUGGUGCCUGUGGAGGCCUAUGGCGUUGCAAUGCUGAGGGGCAUGGGCUGGAAGGCGGGCGAGGGCAUUGGACGCACCUUUAAGCAAGAUGUGAAGCCCCUGGAGCACCAACUGCGCCCCAGGGGGCUGGGCCUGGGAGCCGACCGCUCAGCCAUCCAGGACCUGCAGCCGGCCCGCCCCCUGCGGCCCCCCAAGCCGGGCGAGGUGCGCCAGGGGGGCGAGGAGGAGCCGCUGGGGCUGGUGGCAGGGGGCGCUGUGCUGAUUGUGGCUGGGCCCCACAAAGACCUCUAUGGGAAGAUCGAAGGUGUGGACCCCGAUAACGCCCGGGUGAUGGUGAAACUGGCCAUCGGGGAUAAGAUCGUCACCGUCAGCCAGCACAGCCUGCGACCUGUGACCCGGAAGGAGUACGAGAAACUAGCCAAGGAUCUGAGCCACUUAAGCAAAGCCCACAAGGAAAAAGAAGAGAAGGAGAGAAAUGGACCCACUGACACCCCGGACGCCAGGGUCCCUCGAGAGAAGGGGGAAGAGAAGGAUAGAAAGAGGAAACAGCCAGCAGUCUUGGAGAGCUACACCCGUGCUGGGAAGCAGAGUAAAGGUAGCAGCAGCGGCUCCUCAUUCUCCUGCUCCCCCCACUGGCUGCGGCGAGAUCUGCGGGUUCGCUUUGUGGACAAGCUCUACAAGGGGGGAAAAUACUAUAACACCAAGAUGCUGAUCGAGGACGUGCUGAGCCCAGAUACUUGUGUCUGCCGGACAGAGGAGGGGCAGGUCUUGGAUGGCAUCCGGGAGGCCAUGCUUGAGACGGUCAUCCCCAGGGGCUCUGCGGACUGGGUGAUGGUGGUGCUGGGGGAGCACGCUGGCAGGGUGGGUCGGAUCCUGCAGCGCGACCAGCAGCAGAGCCGGGCGCUGGUGCAGCUGCAGCGCGAUGAGGACGGGGACGUUCUGGCGCUAGACUACGACGCUGUCUGCCACUAUGUGGGGGGCACUGAGGAUGACUGAGCCCCCUUUCCCCCUCCCCCCUUCUCCUGGGGCAGGGGAUGGGGGCACGUCCGCUCUGGGAAGUGGCAGGACGUGGAUGGAGUCCAGCAGAGGGGGAACAUGGCCACCCUGGCUGGGACUGAGUUCUAGAACAACUUCCGUGGGUUCCAGAGUGGUGAUUCAAUGGGUUCUGCAGCAGGAGCCGCAAGAUCUAGAACAUGACCGGGCUUGGGCUCUAGAGCGAGGUUUCAACUAGAAUAAGAGUGCGUUCUAGACUCUGAAAGCUGGGUUUGGGAGCAGAGAAGAUGGGUUUGGGGAUGGUUUUUAAAUUGGCUCUAGAGCAGGGCCAAUGUAUUUUAGAGCACACAUGGCUUUGGGUUCUCAAGGAACCCUCAACAUGGGUUCUGGAGUGAAACCAACCUCUUCUAGAGUAAGCUUUUAUGUGGGAUAUAGAGUAGGAGCAAUGGGUUCUAGAGCAAAGUUUAAAAACCGUUCUAGGGUUGGGUUCAAACUGGAUCCAGAGCGACACUGUAGUGACCCUGUAAAGUGGGGUCUGGAGCCUAAUGGGCUCUAGAGCCAGAGUAGAUGUGGGGCUGGGAGCCAGAUGCACAGGGUUUGAGAGCAAGGUUUACAGUAUGGGCAGGAGGGAGGCCCCUGGGUUCUAGACCCAACCUGGACUGUUCUAGAGUGGGGGUGUAUGCUGAUGACAGAGAAGGGGGUUGAUUCUACAGCAGUGAGUGAUUUUUAGGGUGAUGUAGCCUGUGAGCUCUGGAGCAAGUUGAGCUGCUUCUGGAGCGCUGGGGCUCGGUUCUAGAUCAACUCUGGCCCCUAUUGAGUGUUUGUGACCCCAGAACCCAUCAUUUUUCGAGCAGUGUUCCAGAGCCAGCAGUUUUAGUGGCGGGGAUGAAGGGGGAGUGGUGGGAGAUUGUGGGACAGGAGGGUCCCCCCCAGAGGGGGGGUCUCAUCUGUCAGAGGGCGGCCAUGGACAAAGCUGUGCUGUGCAGGUACUGUCUGCGGAGGGGGGAUCAACAGGAAACCUGUGCAGGACCCCCCCAUGCCAGCUUCCAAGAUGGCUGCUGGGACUUCGACCGUCCCUUGCCCAUGGGCACUUUGUAAAGCAAGAUCGGAUCAAAAAAUGUAAAUAAACUGCGAUGGUCCCUCCCCCA